GUUUCAACCUAACUAACCCAACCCAAGCAAAAAAAAUUGGUACAAAAGGAAGAGAGAGAAAAAGAAAAAGAAAAAUAGCCUGCUAUCGUUCUUCAUCUUCUGCUUUUGGGUGGUUUCAAAGUCAAAAUUCUCUAGCGGUUCUCCAUUAUCUCUUGGCCAGAUCUCCAUCGAAUUGCUGACUGUCCUCCGACGUUCGUCUUCUCCAGAAAUCAGAGAAUGGCUUCAUUCCGAGCAUUCUUGAACAGCCCUGUUGGUCCAAAAACUACUCAUUUUUGGGGACCUGUUGCCAACUGGGGAUUCGUGGCUGCUGGGUUAGCAGACAUGAACAAGCCACCAGAAAUGAUUUCUGGCAACAUGACAGCAGCAAUGUGCGUCUAUUCAGCACUGUUCAUGAGAUUUGCGUGGAUGGUACAACCCCGCAAUUACCUACUUCUUGCUUGUCAUGCCUCAAAUGAGACUGUACAGUUGUAUCAAUUCUCACGUUGGGCAAAGGCUCAAGGGUACUUGUCAGAGAAGAAAGACGAAGCUGGAUCUCAGUAGCUUGAUGCUGUAUUCCCACAUCCUGUUGUCUUUAUGACAUUAUUUUCUACGGGUUGUAAUUUGACUCAUUGAUAAUUGUUGUGUAUGUUAUUUGAAAAUAUGUCAGAGGAAACUACUUCAGUAACACCAGAAUGGAAUUGGGAAUUUUUCUCCCAAGAAGCAAUAAAAAUAUUUCAUAUUUGCCAA